AUGGCUCGUUCUCUUCCACAAGCUAAAUUCUGGGAUGGGGUCCUUUACAAAUAUCAAGGCUAUUGGUUACCAUCUAAAGGCUUGAAGGGUAUGAUCUCCCUCCGAAAACACUUCAAAUCACGUGACUCCGAUAUCAUUUUAAGCAAUUUUUCAAAAUCUGGCACAACAUGGUUAAAAGGUCUUAUAUUUACUAUUCUUAAUCGUGCUCAAUUUGCCCCCGAUAGUGCCACUCAUCCUCUGCUCAUUUGUAAUCCUCACAAUCUUGUUCCUUUCUUUGAUCUUCAAAUAUAUGAUGAUGGAAAUAAAAACCCUAAUAUAGAAAACCUACAUAAUCUAAGAAUUUUUGCUACUCAUCUUCCAUUCUCACUAUUGCCACACUGCAUCUCAUAUUCCAAUUGCCUCAUUGUAUAUAUACGUCGAAAUCCUAUGGAUCAGCUUAUCUCCCGUUGGCUUUUCGCUGUAAAUCAAAGUCCAGAGCACAAGGAGGCAAGUUCAAUUGAAGAAGUAGUCAAGAUGUUUCAAGAGGGAAUAUGCGCGUUUGGGCCAUUUUGGGACCAUGUUUUAGAGUAUUGGAAUAGGAGUUUGGAGGAAAAAGAUAGGAUUUUGUUUCUUAAAUAUGAAGAGUUAAAAGAGGAUAUUAUAAGUCAAAUUAAUAGCUUGGAUAUUUUUUAG